CUCAUCUCACGCGUUACAACUCACUUUUGAUUUCCCCCCUCGUGACGGCGAUCUGCGGUGAUGAUGCUUCGCUCGCUUAACACCUCUGCAUCUCUUGUUCCGUUCGGAGUCACCAUUGCGUCGGGACGAUGAGCAACCCCGCCAAAGGCGUCAAAUUUGUCGGCUCCGACUCUUCGGGGCUUCCCUUGAAGCGGAAGCAGGUUCUGCAGGCCUGCGAAUCAUGUCGCAGAAAGAAGAAACGCUGCAUCCACGGGGAACCUCCGCCGUUGGAGCCCGCCCAUGACGGGUGUGCGGGUUCUUCGCCGCCGGACAACGCUGGACAACAUGUCAUCGCCGGCACUGGUUCACCAAGCAAACAUCGUCACUCGGCGUCCGUGACCGCUGAUGCCGUGCUGUCCACGACCCCUGUUCGCCGUGAAUCUGCCACGGCGGGCCAUUCGGAGCCAGCGCAGACUCCACAGACGCGAUUCGUUGGCGAUCUUAACCCGGAGGGCAUGUUCGCCGAGGCCGCCGACUCAGACCCGGCCGCUAACCCUACGCAGAAGGCCGAGGUGGGUGUCUGGCUUCCGUCACUCAAUGCCGCUUCGGCACAGUCGACCACCUCCGUUGUCUCGCGUCCGUCGGCUAUUAUCGACAAGGUCUUGCUGCCUUAUGUCAAGCUGAAUUGUCUCACCUGUGUCCCGCCGGAGAAGGACUACAAACAUCUCCACAAGGUGUACCGAGACAAAAUCCAUCCUAUUUUCGGCCUUAUCCCUGACGAGGCUUUGGAUGAUGGCGAUUCCCCAGCAGCUAUUGUCAUGCGACAAGUGGUAUGCCUCGCCGCUGCCACUGACCCUGACAUGAAAAGCCAUCUGCGCCUCGCUACGCAGGGGAACAAGAGGCUCUCGUACCAAGACUUUUCCCAGACGUUGUCUAGUUCUAUACGGGCCAUCCUGGAUACGAGCUUGAUCUCAGACCGGACGAUACACAUACGUGCUUUGUGCAUGCUAUCCCUCUACGCCCAGCCUUCAGGUGCUGAUGAGGCAGACUUGCCUGCUCAGCUUGGUGCUAGGGCGGCGCAUCAUUCGCAGACCCUCGGGUUGCACCUCUUCCACUCUAGCAAUGAUUCUCUUGAUACCCUUUUCUGCGCUGUCUGGGCCCUGGAUCGGAUCAAUGCGGCGACGUACGGGAGACCUUGCGUCCUGCACGAGGGUGACAUCGGUCCUGGGCUAGAUGACUGUUUCCGCAGACAAGCGCCGUGCUUCCAACUCUUCCUAUCAGUCGUACAGUGGCUGGACAAGGUGAUUGAGCUCUACCGUCCAGGUGUCAUUGCUCAGUCGCUGGAAGCAAAGCCCUUUAUCGAUUUACCAGUUCUGGAGCCCAUGAUCCUCGAGGCCAAUGCUUUGCAGGUCCCAACGCCCCUGCUUGCGACAAUCGAGGUCUUCUACCACGCCGUAAUCAUCCUCUCAUGCCGCUUAUCCAGACCAGGACCCCCAGCACAGUACGCAUCAUCAGUACCGCCGCCCUCAGCAAACGCAAGACGCUCCCUUGCAGCUGAGCGUAUAUCCUCCGCCAUCCGCCGCGACCAUCUAAGCCCCGUCCCUCUCGUCCCAUACGCCCUCUCCCUGGCCCUCAGCGUCGAGUACCGCAAAAUGCGACACAGCGCCCUUCCGAUGUUCCGCGCCCGCGCCCGCAGCGCAUUCAAGUCCAACUCUGAGCUGAUGAAGAGGUUCGGUGACGUCUUUUGGAGCGCACGGGUCGUUGCAGGACUGGGCGAGCGUAUCCUGCGAGAAAUGGAGCGAGCCGCAAACUCCAUUGCUCAAGAAGGGGGUGCGGCUUUGCCAGCUACCGCUAUCGUUGACGUACCUGUGAAUGGUAAAGUCGACGAGCCUUUGGUGGUUGACGGGGCACCGGCCGAGCCGCCGUCGGCUCCCCUGGCUCCUGCGUCGACCGCCGAGCUCCCGGCACUGGAGGCCAUUGACUUUUCGAUCGUCGAUGCGAUGCCGCAUCUCGAUGUCUUUGGCCAUUUCGACCCGAGCUUCAACUUAUCGGCAGUCGAUAACGCUUUGGAGGCUAACCUCGAUAUAGGGCUGCCCCUGAACUGGGGUGAGUGGGAUCAAUUUGCUGGUUGAAGAUUCCUCUCCACCUACCGAUUCGAAUGAGUCGUUCUGUGAGAUCGAGUAUCAGGCUUCCCCGCGCCUCAGAUGCAUUUAUGACACAAUGUUUGGCUGAGAUAUCAAGGCUGUCGCCAGAUUAUCAGUCACGGCAUGGUGGGGGGAUUACCUAGCCCAAUGACAUCUUAUACCCAUUAACUCCCGCGUCCGUCGACCGCAUCACAAGCUCACCAUACCAACUUGAACGCUGCGGAGCUAUAUCACAACAAACCAAAGUUCUAGGGGUUUCGCAGGAUAUGCAUGGCUACUGAUGUCCUCCUCGAGAGGUUGGCGCACUAAUACCGCCGAUGAGACUCGAGUUGCCCAGGAAGCAUCCCAGAUUUGGUUUACAUAUAUCCAAGACACAAAGUCUGUGCAAUCGUCAAGAACCUAAGUCCCUCGAAUGUGGGAACAGUCUCAUAUACCAAGGACAAUGCGAAUGAUAAGAUAGAAUAUCAAAGUUGUUGCGUAGAAUUCAAUAUCAUACGAUAUCCGCCCAUGUAUAUUAAGUAUGGUAAGAUCAUAGAAGCCACAUCCGCCAACUGAUUCGCAUUUUGAGGCUCACUUGAAUGAAUUCUCCUUUACGCCAUAAUAAAUAACGGCAAGAGACCUGGAUAGUGAUUUGAAAGAAACAAAAAUGAGCUGUCUGUGGCAUUAUGUAGGACCACCAAUUUUUGUAACUCGAACUCGCAAUCCUUUCGGGACCCAUUACGC